GGCCUACACUCCCAGCAUGCACCCCGAUACCCGCCCCACUGCCUGGGGGCCGCGGCCCCGGCGUGCUCACCUCGGAGCUCCGCGAGCCCUUCAGCACCUGCUUGGUUCUUCCAAGAACCUGCUCACAAGGAAGACAAAAACAAAGAAACCCUCAGUAAAACGAAACAAACAGGAGAAGCUGAAACAGCCCACAUCUGCAGAACAAUGUUAAAAGCUCACGGGACACAAAGCACACCACACUCAUCCCAUUUAAUCUCCUGUUACGUGCGCCGAGGGAACCGAGAACACCAGGCCCCAGGGAAGCACUGCCCUGAGGUUCUAGCCCAGGACCCCUCUUUGUGACAGGUUCGCGCGCACGGGUCCCUGCGGAUGAGGAGCCCCAGGGAGACGAGCAGCUGUCCUCUGCUUAUCCGCUGCUCCUCCCCCAGGGGAUUGCCCUGGGACGGAGCCAGCCCUUGAGGAGGCUCUGUUCCUCCUCCUCUCCUGGUUCUGGGAUAGGGGUCGGGCCUGGCUCAGCUCCAAGAGAAACUUUCAAGAGCCAAGAGAUAACCCAUCACCAAGGUGAAGACCAGCCUUAAAAGCAUCUCCCUGCGCGCUCGCCUCCCUCACAGCCGUCUGUCCUGCCUGCGGACACCAGCUACCAUGUGGGAGCUCGUGGCUUUGCUGGGGCUCAUCCUAGCCUAUUUCCUGUGGCCCAGGCAAGGGUCUCCUGGUGCCAAGUACCCGAGGAGCCUCCCAUCUCUGCCCCUUGUGGGCAGCCUGCCCUUCCUUCCCAGAAGCGGCCACUUGCACUUGAACUUACUCAAACUGCAGAAAAAAUAUGGCCUCAUCUAUUCCUUCCGUUUGGGCUCCACAAACACAGUGGUCAUCGGCCACCACCAGCUGGCCAGGGAGCUGCUUGUCAAGAAGGGAAAGGACUUCUCCGGACGGUCCGUGACGACCAGCUUAGCCCUGCUGUCAGACAACGGGAAGGGCAUCGCCUUCGCUGACUCAGGGGCCUCCUGGCAGCUGCACCGGAAGCUGGCACUAAGCUCCUUUUCCCUGUUCAGGGAUGGCGAGCAGAAGCUGGAGAACAUCAUAUGUCAGGAAGCCAGUACACUGUGCGAUUUUCUGGCCACCUGCGAUGGACAGGACAUAGACUUGUCCCCGUCAAUCUUCAUGGCGAUAGUCAACAUAAUCUGCGCGAUAUGCUUCAGUAUCUCGUACGAGCGCGGGGCCCCUGAGUUGGCGACCAUAAAGCACUUCACCAAAGGCUUCCUGGACAGCGUGAGGGAGGACUUGCUGGUGGACAUAUUCCCCUGGCUGAAGGUUUUCCCCAGUAAGGCCUUGGGAAUACUGAGGAAGUACAUUGAAGUUCGAGGUGUCCUGCUGAGUAAGAUUCUGAAAGACAGCAAGGAGAAAUUCAGAAGCGACUCCAUCACCAACAUGAUAGACCUGCUGCUCCAAGCCAAGGAGAAUGAGGACAAUAACAACUCUGGCCUAGGCCAGGACUCAAAUGUAUUUUCAGACAAGCACAUUCUCAGCACCUUAGGGGACAUCUUUGGGGCUGGCGUGGAGACCUCCAGCUCUGUGGUGAGCUGGAUCAUAGCCUUCCUGCUGCACAACCCGCAGGUGAAGAAGAAGAUCCAGGAGGAGAUCGACCAGAAUGUAGGUUUCAGCCGUACACCGACGUUCAAUGACCGCAACCACCUCCUCAUGCUGGAGGCCACCAUCCGAGAGGUCCUUCGCAUCAGGCCGGUGGCCCCAGUCCUCAUACCUCACAAGGCGAACACCGACUCCAGCGUCGGGGAGUUCACCAUCGACAAGGACACAAACGUGAUCGUCAACCUGUGGGCUCUGCACCACAGCGAGCAGGAGUGGGACCGGCCGGACCAGUUCAAGCCCGAGCGCUUCUUGGAUCCGACAGGCAGCCAGAUCAUCGUACCCUCCCUGAGCUACCUGCCCUUUGGAGCCGGGCCCCGCUCCUGUGUAGGGGAAGCCCUGGCUCGCCAGGAGAUCUUCCUCAUCACAGCCUGGCUGCUGCAGAGGUUUGACCUGGAGGCGCCGGGAGACGGGCAGCUGCCCCUGCUGGAGGGCGUCCCCAAGAUGGUCUUUAUCAUCGAGCCUUUCAAAGUGAAGCUCACCGUGCGCCAGGCCUGGAAGGAGGCCCGGCCGGAGGGCGACCCCUAGACGCAGCACCCGAUCCCCCGCCCCCCCCCAAGCCCCAACCCCCCACCCCGCUCCGCCCGCCGCCCUUUCCAGCCUGCAGCAGCGCAUAAACUGAGCAGUUCCUCAACAGGUCCCCAGCCGCUCGCUCAUUUACUCAUCUGCUCCCUCAUUCGAUCGAGAGAUGCUCUGCUGAGCGCACAGCGCGUCCUGUCCGGCGCCGGGGGCGCAGGCCGGGCCCUGGGCUCACGUGCGCUGAGGGCCGGCGGCGUGUCGCGGGCGCGGCGGUGCUGGGGCCAGUUCCAUGCAAGGACAGAAGGGCGGCUGGGCGAGGCCGCUUUAGACGACGGCCUGGGGCGGGCAGGGGCGGUGGGGUGUGCCCGCCUUGAGGAAGGAAAGGGACGCUCUCAAGGUGGGAAAGGCCAGGGCCGAAGUGGGCAAGUGAGCGGGAGGAGGCCGCCGCGGUCAGCACGGGCCUGGCGGGUCUGAGGAGCGGGCGGCUUUCGGCGGGCAGGAGGGCGGCGGCCAUUGCACACGCGUGGGCAGCGAUCUGCUCCGUGCUUGUCCAGGCUCAGCCCGCGUGCUGCACGGAGCGCGGUCUCCUGAGGGCGGAGGAGAGGGGAACGGAAGAACGGCUGGGAGGGCGGCGUGCUGGCCGGGAAGGUGACACGCCGAUGGCCUUCGCCUGGCCACAGCGGGGGAGCUGGCCAGAGGAGGCAGGGUCGGUUUACAUUUUGAAAGUAGAGCUGCGGUCUUUGGCCCAACAAACGCGCUGCACGCACCUCCCGGAUUUGGCUUUGGCGGGACGUGCAGCCCACAGGCGGCGACCCCGUAGUCUUGGUUCUUCCUCAAGGACCAGCACGCCUUGCCCUCCUGCUGCCCGGGGAAACACCGCCGAGAAAGCUGCCUUCUGCAGCAGUGCCGCGUUCUACCCCUUCUCCCCGCUCAAAAGCCCCAAGGAGCCUCAAAGCCUCGCUAGGAGACGGAGCCCUGAGUCCUGGAAAUGUGAGCACAGCCUCUCACCCUCGGCCGGGGCAGCCUGCCCACGGGCCUGCUGAGGUGCCUGGCCGAGUCGGGCGGGCCAGGCUGCGGCCAUCGAUGACCCAGGCGGGUUUAAUGCUCUGACUGGACAGGAGGCUGUGGAACGGCCAGCAGGGAAGUCCAUGGUCCUCCGGGGUAAGUUUUCCGGGAGGAGGAAGACCAAGGGAGCUCCGGGAAGCAGGAGGGCCGAGGUUUCGGUCAGAGCAGCACCUCCUGCAAGAGCGUGCCCGCUCCUCUGCCCGGGUCAGCGGGGCUCUCGGGGCUGGGGCCGGGAAGAGCAGCGUCCUCUCAGACAGGAACCUCGUGGCCCUGGCACCUGCCCCCGAUGCACGGGUUUGUCCCCGCCGAGGGCCGCCACCAAAUCCCCACGUCCCGGGCUCGGCGUGAACGCCUCUCAAGAGCCGGGACUCCCGGCCCUCGGCCUUCCCCUCCCGCUGCCCUCGGUGCACCUGUGUGGCCCUGAGGAGGGUGUGGGCGCCCGAGGACACGGUCCCCCGGCUCUGGAGUUCAGGACUGAGCCGCCUCCUGUGCUUCGUCCCGCACGUCAGCACGUCUCAGACGCGUCACGGCUCCCGGGCCCACGACUGGGCAAUGACGCUAGCUCCUUGUGCCGAAGAAGUCCCGAGGGUUGGCAAAGCUGGAAGGGCGUUGCCGAGACUCCCCUCGCCUCGUGACCUCACCACCCUUCACAAGCAGUGCCGGGGGGACACAUGCGCAGCUCCCCUGGGUGUGGCACCCUGGCUGUGGUGGUCGCCAGCCGCAGUGGGAGGGCGGGAAACCGCGGUUAGUUGUCCCUGGGUGACCCUGGGCACGGGGCGCUCCGAGCAGUGCGCUGUGGCUGUUUCCUGGUGUGACCACCGUGGGCCGGGCCUCCACAGGCCCGGGGAGCUCACCCACCACACACCUGCGCUGCGACCUGCACAGCGGCUGGGUGCGCGCGCUGCGGUAGCUGCUGUGACGCCACGGCCUGCGUGUGCAGCACCAGCGGCCGCAGCGUGGUCCCGACAGUGUCCCUAGGAGGAGACGGGAAUUUCCAGCGCCACUGCAAUCCCCUGGAACCACCAUUAAUUCAUGGCCUCUGGUUCUCCUGCGGGCACCGGACUGCCCCCUAAAUGUCCCUGUGCCAUAUUUCCACCGUGCGGACACUUAACACCUUCAAGGGCAGAGCAACGUGCAAUGACAUAAUUUAAAAGUGAUGUUCCGCACACUUGCUGCCUUUGUUUCUAAUAUAUUCAAUUAUGGAUUGUAA